AUGUCUUCCUGGGCCAGGCCGCACACGGCAAGGCGGGGAGCCCGCAGAGGGACGCGUAUGGAAUUGCGAGACGCGUUUUUCCUCAGGCGCCUCAACCUGUCUCAACCGUGUCGUCCGUUGCCUGUCUUCCUGGGCCAGGCCGCACACGGCAAGGCGGGAAGCCUUGCCGCGCAAGGCAAGGCCGGAAGCCCACAGAGGGAGGCGUCUGGAAGGGCGAAACGCGUAUCCAUGGCGGAGAUCUACGCCGUGGAGAGAUUGGAUGAGGCCGUGGUGAAAGGGAGCCUCUUAGGGCCAGCAGUUAGACUGCAUCGCUUCGCCAUCCAUACAUUCCGAAAGGCUGCCGACAGGUGGACGCCCGUGCAGCUCGUGCUGAGUCAUGCCGAUGUCAGCGUGUGUCAGCAGUGGGUCGAUUCCAUCCAAUCACUUCUCAGGGCGGACCCUGAACGGCCCCGGAACCUGCUGGCCUUCAUCAACCCCAUCGGUGGCCACCGCAAGGCGCUCAAGACGUGGGCAGCAGCGAAGCCCGUGUUUGAUCGGGCGGGAGUGGCGGUUACCGAGGUGGUCACACAGCGACAGAACCACGCCUUUGAUGCCGUGUAUGGGGCGAGUGAUGAGGAGAUCUCAGCCGUUGAUGGCAUUCUGGUUGUGUCGCCUGCUGGACUUUCCUCUGCUACCCCCUCUUCUGUCAAGUCAUCUCCACCCACUUCCGCUCUUCACCCUCUUCCCAACCCCAGUGUGACAGGCUCUCGAGACCCCACCACCGCAGCUCUGCAUGUGGUUCUGGGGCACCGCAUGCCACUGGACGUGGCGAGAAUCACCACGUGGAAGGAAGAGGAGCGGCCAGGGAAGCAAGGCGAGCAAUCAGAUGAGGAAAAAGAGGAGGGGGGGAAGGCAGAGAGAGGUGGAGAUAUUGCGGGCAGUGGAGGCAGGGAGGACAAGGGAGCAGGAGAAGCGGAGCAUGUGAGAGAGGGGUUUGCGGGUGGAGAUGGAAGAGAGAAGGCUGGGGGAGCUGGGAGCGAAACGGAAGGGGCUAAGGCAAAGACAGAAGAAGAGGAGGAGGACGAGGGUGUGGAGGUCCGCUAUGCUGCGUCCUUUUUUGGAUAUGGGUUUUACGGCGAUGUGAUUCGCCGCAGCGAGGGGCUCAGGUGGAUGGGGCCAGCGCGGUACGACUAUGCUGGGCUCAUGACGUACCUGCACCACAGAUCGUACGAUGCUGUGGUUUCCUACUUUGACGUGCACUCCUCUGCUGGGCCACCCCCAAGACCUGCAAUCCAAGCGUCCCCUGUCCAAGCAGCAGGGUUGGAAGCAUCUCCAUCCACUGCAGCAGAGUCGGACGCAUCUGCAGUCCAAGCAGCAGCAACGUUGGGAGGAUCCCCAUCCCAGGGCGUUCUCGCGCCCCCACUGCUGGCAGCAGCAUCACCACUGGAAGCGGGGCCGGUGAGGGGUUUAGAGAGGAGCUUCACUGAUCAGCUCCCUAGAACGCAUGGUCUGGAUGAUGAUGACGAGGAGGACGAGGAGGAGGUUGGGGAGGUGGAGGACGGGGAGGAGAAGGUGGGAGAGGAGGUGGUGGAGGAGGACGGAGGGGUGGGAGGAGAAGGGAAAGGAGAGGUUGAAGGGGGUGGAGAGGGGAAGGUAUUGGGUGGAGGGGACGGAGAGGGGAAGGGAGAGGGGGAAGGGAUGCCACUGCAGGCUGUGGAGUGGAACGGAAGGCUGCGGCGGCGCACCUUCAGCAGCCCCAUGCUGGUGAAGACACGCAGCACUGACCUCUCCCAACUCGCACGCUCCUCCCACAGCCUCCUCACACUCGACACCUCAUCACUCGACCCGGCCCAGAUCUCUCACAGUCAAUCGGGUGCUGCCACGUCAGCACCUGUGGGUGUAGCUGAGCAAGAGGGGUUAUUGCAGAAAGGAGGGCAGAGUGGAGAGGGUGUGUGUGCAGUGGGGGGGAUGGAGAAGCAGAGUGAGGGGCUGAGGCCCUGUUGGAGGACGGUGCGAGGAAAGUUCCACAGCGUGGGGGCGGCAGUGAUGUCGUGUCGAAACGACAAGGCGCCAGAUGGCGUCGCGGCACAGGCCCACCUGGCGGACGGCAAUCUGCAUCUCAUCCUCAUCCGCAAGUGCUCGCGCCCCGAGUACCUCCAGUAA